AUGAGGGCAGCCCUCACUAAGGCGUUGGGCUUCAUAGCCUUCAUAACGCUCUUGGCCUAUGUGGCUCCUGUGACUGCUCUAGCUGUCCCAGACCUUCGAGACCGACAAGACAUAGAAUGUCGAAUGACUUUGGGUAUCUCAACGGUAUGGAAGCGAAGUAACGGGCAAGACGAGAAUAUUACGGAGCCUACGGAGUUACAAGAGUGCAAAUCACCAUCAAAAGAAAAAUUACGCCGCCAUCCAGCCUGGGGGCGGUUUGUUGAAUGGUUGGAUCGGACGGCGGGUUCACGAAGGCGGAGGCAAGAACCACCAGGCCCUCCACUUGGAUCAACAACACAAGAACUGCAAGACGAUCCAGUACCUGUAGGCCCUCCAGGGCCACCCGGACCUCAAGGGCCGCAAGGACCUCAGGGAGCAACCGGCGACCAGGGUCCCGCAGGAACAGACGGCCAAGAUGGAGAGCCUGGGCCUCCGGGGCCGAAAGGUGACACCGGUCCUCGAGGCCCGGCUGGUUCACAAGGCCAAGAAGGCCCAGCUGGAGCAACUGGCGCUCAAGGACCCAAGGGUGAUACUGGGGAUACAGGUGUCAAAGGAGACGACGGGGCACAGGGGUCUAUAGGGCCAACUGGAGCUACGGGAGACACAGGACCCAAGGGAGAUGGCGGCACCCAAGGCCCCGUAGGGCCAUCGGGCGAAACUGGCGCCACUGGACCACAGGGAAGUAUCGGCCCUCAAGGGCCUCAGGGAGAUACGGGUCUCCAAGGGCCUCAAGGUUUACCUGGUGUGACGGGUGCUCAAGGCCCCAAGGGCGACACGGGAGCUCAAGGUAAUGCCGGGCCAAAAGGCGACUAUGGGCCCCAAGGGCCUCAAGGUCUGACAGGAGCCACUGGCCCGAAGGGUGAUACAGGAGCCCAAGGCUCAGUCGGGCCAACUGGAGAAACCGGAGCCACCGGUCUCGAAGGCCCUUCAGGACCAAAAGGCGAUACUGGGGAUACUGGCCCCAAAGGCGAUGUUGGGCCGCAGGGGCUUUCCGGUUUAACUGGAGACAUUGGUCCUGUUGGCCCUCAGGGAUUUGCUGGAGGAAGUGGUACUCAAGGGCCUCAGGGCCCAAAGGGAGAAACUGGGGAUAUAGGACCUAAAGGUGAAGUUGGGUCUCAAGGGCCACUAGGCUUGACAGGCGAUACUGGACCUGUUGGUCCACAGGGGCCCAAAGGCGACACUGGAGCUACUGGUAUUCAAGGCGAUGCUGGCUCCCAAGGCCCUAAAGGAGCAGUAGGCCCCCAGGGACUAACCGGGCCCAAAGGCGAUACAGGUUCUCAAGGUAUACAGGGCUUACAGGGAGUGACUGGAGUGAUUGGUCCGAAAGGUGAUACUGGUUCCCAGGGACCAACAGGCCUAACUGGCCUUCAAGGGCCUCAAGGAGACACUGGCAUUUCGGGGGAGAUAGGGGCAACAGGCCCAAAGGGCAAUACAGGUGAUUCAGGGCCUCAAGGUUUUCCAGGCCCGAUCGGAGCGAAUGGCCCUCAAGGCGAAACCGGUGUCCAAGGACCGAUGGGCCCAGCCGGCCCCGAAGGACCUAAGGGUGAUACUGGUUCGCAAGGUGUACCCGGGGUAGCUGGUCUUCAGGGCGCUAUUGGAUCACAGGGACUUCAAGGGCAAACGGGAGCUCAAGGUUUAACAGGAGCGACUGGUGCCCAAGGCCCAACUGGUACAACCGGUCCUCAAGGGCCAGUUGGGCCUGAAGGAGCAGUCGGACCACAGGGGCCAGCAGGACCAAUUGGACCUCAAGGUGUUCAAGGUCCAAAAGGGGAUAUCGGUACAACUGGUGGGGCUGGACUUCAAGGCCCGGCUGGGCCCGUUGGCGAGACUGGUCCGAAGGGUGACAUUGGAAAUACAGGUGCUCAAGGUAUACAAGGCGUUCAAGGUGCAGUUGGCCCAGCCGGCCCAGCAGGCGACAGAGGACCAGCUGGUACUGAUGGCGCUUCAGCUGGCUACACGGCAAACUACGACUACAUUGGCUGCUAUUCGUCCAUCCUCGGCAAGUAUGGUUUCGAUACCUACGUGUACUCUGGGGACUUGACAACAUCCGUGGACGACUGUGCAAGAAUAUGUUCCACUAUUCAAAGUUCUGGGUAUCCCACGUAUUACUUUUCGCUUGGAACAUCCGCCACAGGGGUCUCACAAUGCACAUGUGGAAAUGCUCUCGGGCUUUUGUCUGGAACCACCGAUAGAACUCUGUGUACCACUCCAUGCAAUCUAGCUUCGUCUAGCCGCCAGUAUUGUGGCUCAUCGAGCGGUUUGUUGGUGUCGAUGUUCACUGCUAUCUAG